GUUAAAUAUAGGACCUCAAAAAUUUUCUUCCGAUCCUGUAUAACUAGCUUACUAGACUGAAAUAUGUACGGGCUAAUGAAUAUCCUCAUGCAAAUCACACAGUUAUCGCCCUGUAGACAGGGAAAAGACAAGUUGUCAGAUUUUUGCUCCUUAAAAAUUUUGAGAAUUUGCUUAGAGAAAAGGCGAAUAUAAGAUGGAACGCACGUCCGAGGGGUCACCAGGCGACCCCUCCGUCAUACCGAGUGGAGAAGAAGUAAAUAGCGGCGUACCUGAGAGAUUGGAGAAUACGAACCCUAGUGAGGCUUCGGCAGCUGCAGAGAUCAAGAGACUGAUGGACUGCGUGGACAACCUCAAUACCCAGGAUUAUGUUCAACACAAGUUAGCUGCUCUUAGGUAAAAGUUAGCUACAGACAAGUACAACAAAACGUCCAUAGUCCCCACCCAAUCGAUAUAUGCU